AUGUUAAAACUUUGUUCCGGGACACAGAUAAAUAUUUAUUUCAGAUUUCUAUUUCUAUUAUCUGAUGCUAUGCUCCGCCGAAAUGUAUUCUGGGAUACAUGGCCAUCCCAAGUACGCUUAAGUCACCUCCGAUGCAUACUUGGUCAAAAUGGGCGGAGCGAGAACACUUCCGGGUUUGAGAACCGUCCUCGCUGUUCGCCUCCUUGAGAAUUGGAACAGCACCUGGACUGAGACUGAGGACGUUCUCACAAGUACGCAACAUGAUGUUUGAAGAUCUUCCCUCCUCCACUUCACUCUUCAUGUUGGUGGCCACUGUGGCUCUGCUGGUCCUCCAUGUUCUUCACUUCAGAGUCGGCACCAAAGAAAACCGGAGGGAGCCUCCAGGACCUAAACCUCUUCCCCUGCUUGGUAACCUGCUUCAGGUGGAUCUAAAGAGACUGGACACCUCUCUUUUUGAUCUGGCUAAAAAAUAUGGACCAGUAUUUACAGUAUACCUGGGACCUAAGAAGGUGGUGGUCCUGGCAGGAUACAGGACAGUCAAGAAAGCUCUGGUCAAUUAUGCCGAGGAGUUUGGAGACAGAGAAGUCAUGCCUGUAUUUUACGAUUUUAACAAAGGACAUGGCAUCCUGUUUACCAAUGGCGACGUAUGGAAAGAGAUGAGGCGUUUUGCUCUGAGCACACUGAGAGACUUCGGAAUGGGAAGAAGAACUAGUGAAGAAACAAUUAUCGAGGAAUGUCACCAUCUGGUUGAAGAAUUUGAACAACAUAAAGGUGAAGCCUUCAACAACAGGAGGCCUGUUUCUUAUGCAUCUUCAAAUGUUAUAUCCGCUCUCAUGUUUGGGAAGAGGUUUGACUACAAAGAUCCUGAAAUCCAUACCCUAUUGGAACAGGAUAUCGAGUCCAUUCGUCUAACAGGAUCAGCUUCCAUUCUGAUAUACAAUGCAUUCCCUUGGCUGGGCCCUUGUCUUAAAAACUGGAGAGCGUUGAUGAAGAAUGUAGAAGACAGCGUUGCAGAAACAAAGAGGAUAAUAGCAGAACUGAAGGAGACCCUGAACCCUGACAUGUGCAGAUGCUUUAUUGAUGUUUUCCUGAGUCGAAUGCAACGUCUGGAGGAGUCUGGAAUCAAGGACUCGCACUUCCAUGAUGACAACCUGCUCUAUAGUGUAACAAAUCUGUUUGCAGCUGGAACUGAUACCAUAGCGAUAUCUCUGCAUUGGAGCCUACUUUUAAUGGCCAAGUACCCUCGUAUUCAAGACAAAGUCCACGAGGAGCUGAGAAGGGUGGUUGGAAGUCGUCAGAUUAGAGUGACGGACAGGAAGGACUUGCCAUACACCGAUGCUGUCAUCCAUGAGACACAGCGACUGGCCAACAUUGUACCCAUGGCCAUUCCUCACAAAACCAGCAGAGAUGUCACUUUCCAGGGCUGCUUUAUCGAAAAAGGAACUACCGUGUUUCCUCUUCUAACCUCUGUCCUGUAUGAUGAGAGUCAAUGGGAGAGCCCACAUACUUUCAACCCCUCACACUUCUUAGAUAAGGAGGGCAGAUUUGUAAAGAGUGAUGCCUUCAUGCCAUUCUCUGCCGGUCGCAGAGUGUGCCUUGGAGAAAGUCUGGCCAGGAUGGAGCUCUUCCUCUUCUUCACCUCUCUGCUUCAGCACUUUCGUUUUACGCCUCCGCCUGGAGUCACAGAGGACGAACUUAGUCUCACACCGUUUGUGGGCUUAACCCUCAGCCCUUUACCUCAUGAGCUGUGUGCUGUCAGUCGCCAAUGAGAAAGACAGCUCGGUCUGGCACUACAAAGGCAGUUCAUCAGUUCAUCAUACCCAGCAAAUGACUUUUUUAUAUCUGGCUUCACCAAAGCCUAAUACUAUGUUGGAUGUUUUCACUGUGUGUAAUCAAGCAUACUGGUUGUCUUUGUGAUGACUUGUGUUGUAUAAAUAAACUAUCCUUGCCAUAAUUUGGUAUUAGUCCUACCUGGACCUUUCCUUGUGAUCAUGUCAUUUACCACAUUUGCGAUUACUUCAUUUUGAUCUUUUAUUUUGUGCCUUUUGUUUUUCGUCCUGGAUAAUAUUGAAUCACAGUAUGAUGUGGACAUCUAACCCUAACCCUUUUACCUGUGUGCGGUCAGUAGCCUUUUUCUCUUAAAUGUGAUGCACACUGGGUUACUUUGUGAUCAUUGUGCUGUAUAAAUAAACUAGCCUUUCCAUAA